GAAUCCUUCAAUGGCUUUUAAAUAUUACAAUAUGGGAAAAAUGUUUCUCUGAUAAACUACGCAGUUUCGCCGAUUUAUGCAGCGUGGCCAAUGUCUCCGUAUUCCUGUUUGCUCAAGCUAAUUUCGGUUAUUACAUCCAUGGGCAUUCACCAACUGGUUGCUCAGAUGUCGAUAUAGGCGGGAUAACACAAAUACUGUCAGUUGAAAGUGAAGGGAUAGCACCAAAACGUGGCAUCACCCCGGAUUCUGAUGACCACACCUAUCGAAUGGCUUUACCCUCUGGACUAAGGGAAACAUUCGAUCGAUUGUAUUCACCUCUGUUAAAUUUAACAGUGAAUAUUGAUAAAUGGGGCAAGCAAAUGUCAUCGUCUCAAGUGAUUACAAAUGAAGUCUAUCAGAAUAUUAAUCGAUUUUUGAAAAGAUUUAUUUCAAGA